AUGGGCGAAGACAACAUGGAGGAUGAGAACAGCAGCGAGGAGAGCAGUGACUCUGACGACAGUGACUUUGAAGUCGACAAGAGGGUGGAUGAGGCCCUCAUCAAAGAGCUUUACGAACUAGCAGUGAAGGAUUACCUGUCAAUCCAACUCUGGACGAACUAUGUGAGGUUUGUGAGUGAGCAAGUGGUCAUGUCAGACCACAGCAAAGAGAGCCUGGAGGCCUUCAGAGAUGUGGGCGAGCGCGCUCUGACAGCUGGAGGCAUUCACCUGGCAGAAGGUUCAGCUCUGUGGAACGCGUACAGGGGGUUUGAGGAACAGCUGGCAGCAGAAGGGGUCGAUGGGGAGAAGCAGGUGCCGCUCUUUGGCAACAGCGAGGCCCUCGCAGCAUAUCAGGACUGGGAGGACAAGCACCAGAACAGUCAGGGAAUGCCUGCCCAUGUCGAGAAGGGUUAUGAGAAGGCACAGGCGGCAGUGAAGCUGCGACAGGCGCAUGAGGAAGCUGUUGCACCAGGGAAAGAAGCCGAUACUGAGCUGCUGGCUGCCUACAUGGCCUACAUCAAUCUGGAGGAGGCUCAAGGUGACCCAGGCCGUGUCACCGUCCUGUAUGAGCGGGCCAUUGCGGUCUUCCCUGUCACUCACUACCUCUGGCUGCAAUUCGCCCGCUACCUGGAGACACACAUCAAAAUCCCCAGUGUUGUGAGGAGCGUGUACGAGCGUGCUGUGCGCAACUGUCCCUGGAUUGGUUCCCUUUGGGCCAGGGGCCUGAGAGCUCUGGAGAGGGGUGUGGCGCCUGAUGAGGAGCAUGCGGCAUUCCAUGCAAAGGCGCUGCAGGCCGGCCUGCAGUCUCCAGGAGACUACCUUGAGGUGCAGCUUGCUCGCAUCGACUGCUUGCGCAGAAAGGGGCAGGAAGCAUAUGGGAAGACCAGAGAGGCUUUCCAAGCUGCGCAAGAGCUGCUCGGCGUCUACUUUCCAGACUGGAUGGACCGCACCCUUCAGCUGACCUCGUACAGAGCAGACACUGCACUGAGGCUUGGACGGGGCAUUGAAGAGGCUAGAGAUGUCUGGAAUGCAGCCCUGAAAAGCCCAGCUGGCAGGUAUGUGGAGACGUGGGUGGCUUUCAUCGCUGCAGAGACGGCAGAGCAAAACAUUCCUCAGGCACGCGCCCUUUACAAGCGCGCCAGCAGCCGCAAACUGGAGGAAGGUGGACAGGCUGUCCUAUGUGAUGCGUGGGUGCGCUUUGAGAGGGAGCAUGGCAGUGCUGAUGAGCAGCUGCAGGUAGAGCUCAAGGUAGAGCCCAUCGUUGCAGCAGCGGCCGCCGCCGCUGCGGCCGCAGCCGACGAGCAAGCCGCUGCAGCUGCUCAGACGCAGGCGGCCGCACAGAAGGCGCCCCAGCUGACACCAGAGGAGAUGAAGAAGCUGCGCCAGGAGCGCGACCCCAACUUCAGGAAGGCUCAGGUGGCCAAGGCAGAGGCCGAUACGACGGCGAUGCCUCCGCCCCCCAGCCGCAUGCCGCCCAAGCGCAAGAAGGGCCUUGGCUACCAGGAACCGCGGGAGGCGAAGCGGCACAGGGGGGAUGAGGCAGCUGCAGAUGCUGCAGCUUCCACUUCGUCUGGACCUGAAGAGCAGGCAGCAUCUGGCGCAGCCAUGGGCGAUGGGCCAGCCGUCCCGAUGGAGGCCACCUUUGCCUCUGCCGGCGCCCAGGAUGUCAAUGCCAUCAAUGAGACUGGUGACACCUUGGCUGAAACCUCAGCGCCACCUCAGCAACCCCAGGCGAAUGGUGGGGAGGGGCCUUCUGGCAGGCCCAGUGCAGCCGAGCGGCAAUUCUACAGGGACAACUGCACAGCCUUCCUGAAGAACCUGCCCUUCAAGACGGAGAAGGAGGAGCUGGAGAAGUUCUUUGAAGAGUGUGGGGGUGCCAAGGAAGGCUUGGCGUACGUGGACUUCCCUGACAAAGCCACGCUGGAGAAGGCGGUGGCGAAGAACGGUGCAGACUUCCAGGGGCGUCCCCUGUCCAUUGAGGUGUCGCGGCCACCGCCUCCGGACAAGGCCCCCCGCGGUGGCGGCGGGGGGCGUGGCUUCCGCGGCGGCCGCGGACCCCCGCGAGGUGGACAUGGGGGCCGCGGUGAGGGGGGCCAGGGCAGGGGUGACGGUGCGUAUGGAGGAUGGCGCGGUGGCCGGGGGGACAGGGGUGGCCGCGGUGGUCGUGGCCGGGGGGACCGGGAGGACUUGAAUGUGGGAAAGCUGCCGGACCACCAUGCAAAGCACCUGGACCUGUCAGGGCAAGAUGCGCAGGGGUUCGGGCAGGGUCGGCCAGAUGCGGGCAGCGGCGCAGCGCCCAAGUCAAAUGCAGACUUCCGCUCAAUGUUCCUGAAGAAGCAGUAGUAUAGUCUGUAUUGAGCAAUAAGUUUGGCAUUUGGGAAGAACUUGUCUAAAACGCUAUUUUGUGGGCAUCCUACCCUGUUCCUUGUGUAUAUGCUGCCUGUCGCACUGCAGAACACACCACUUUUGCUGGAUUUUUCGAUGCACCAUACACUGAGUGUCGAGUCCAAAUCCUUUAAUAGCUACUGUGUCAUCAUAAGGCAAUGAGAAGAGUAUAUAUCAUGAAGAUACAUUUUACAGAAAAGUGAUAGAUGAGCACUUCAAGUCUGUUUUGAUCGCG